ACAAUUGCGCUGUUGGUCGUCCUCCUCCCUCAGCUCUCCCUCCCUUCUUUCUCCCUUUGCUUCCCAGGCUAUAUAUAUACCACUAGCGCAUCGUUUAGCGUUUCCAGCUUCUCGCCUACAUACCUACAUCUUAGGAAAUCUAUAGCUUGGAGGCGCUUGUUCCGCCACCGCUGGAAUUCAAGAAGACUUACCACUACUGGGUCUUGCGCGAGAAUGACUCGCGGUUCAGCUUCCUGGACCUCUAUUUCAGGGGCGAAGAAGACCAAAAAGCCGGUUAACCCAGAAUGGAUCCGCGCUACAAAAAUGCCGGACUUUCUACCACCCGAUCCUGCUCCGGAGGUCUGCGGCGGGUGUCAUGAGCUGUUGGAUCGGGAGCGCUACUCUAGCUCCCAGUUGAAGUGGAAGGAGAAGCGGAGAUGCAAGAAAUGCAUUGCAGAAUACGUGGGAUCUUGGGCUGAGUUUGAAUGUACCUUACGCCAGCAGGAGGAACAGGCUCAGGCCGAACGAAAGGAACGGGCUGCACAACGGUUACGGGCAGCUCAAGGACGGCAGCAGCCACUUCUUCAAACACAAGGGCAGGCUGGACCUUCUGGAUCUACUACACGUGCGCCAUCUGAGCAGCCUCUUCGAACUGAGCGUGUUUUCCCGAAUCAGAGGUCGGUGGAGCAACCACGCAACGCAAUACCUGUUGCUCUACCUGCAUGGACGCCGAAGAACCAGGAUCGCAUUGCUGCCAAUUCUACUGAAACGCGCGCUCAAAGUCCGCGCUUCGCACAAUCUGCUUCGGGAGUCGCUCGCAAACCAACGCCUCCUGUCCCGACCAGGGGAGCGACCCCCGAUGUGAAUAACAGGUCAAAUGGAGGCUCGGCCAGGCGGGAACCUCAGAUCGCUGUAACGCAAACCAACGCAAUGGAAUCUCAAAAGGCACCUGCGCCGAAAGGGUCGCAGCCGGUUAAGGAUGCCGUCAAGGAUGUCACCACCGCUCUUGCGAAACUGGAAGUGGCUGCCAAAUCGGUGACACCACCAUCAAAAGUCGCGACAGCGGCUGAGGUUCGACAGUUCACCACCUUAUAUUGUCAACGCACUCUCUUCACCGUUGAUCCACUAAUUUCUAUGCAAAAACGGAAGCUAGUGAUGAACGCAGCCGAGCAAAGCGGGGUCGGCAUUCUCGCCCGCAUUGGAUCAAAGCCUUUUAUCGUUAUCGAAGGAACGGCGGAGGACACCUGCAAGUUCGUGAUGUCGAUUCCGAACUUGAAACCGCGUUCACUGGAACGCGAGAACUUUCAGGCGGCAACACCGAAUGGUUGGCGAAGACUGGUCGACUACAGUGGCAUGGAAGAGAGUUCGAACGACAUGUCGGAGGAGAAGCCUUUACAUCUGGAAAUCCGCACAACGGACGAGUUGAUCGACCGGAUGAAGAGCUUCGGUGUACACCACCUCUACGAAAGCUACAUCAAGAAGAAGGAACUAUUUGGAAGCUAAGUGCGACAUUAGGAAACGGCGUAGUCUAAAUAAGUAGCAGUUGCGCCAUAGCAAGUGAUGAUGGGCCACUCUCUCUCAUAAGCUCAGAAACGAUGAAGGGGUUACCUAGAUAGGAACAAGAGAAACACAAAAAAUGAUACGAAAAAGUUGACGGCCUGUGGUCGGGAUGGAACCAGGACUCAAGAGGAGGGCGAGGAAGGAGGGGCUGGUGUUGGCGAACACUUCCGACCUGCUUGUAUAUAAGACUUGAACAAAUCACGGUCAUCUCCACGGAAGUAUCGGAAGUUUUUGUUGGAGCAUGUAGAUAUCUCCACCGAUCCUCAUUCCCGCACAACGGCGCACAUUAAUUUCUCACACCCCUCGUAAACCCGGCCCAAAGGAGCAUUACGCGGAAGUUCUCGC